CGUAGAAAUGAAACUGCUGUUUCCUCUGUGAAAAUGACACGUCUGUCAAAGUCUUUUAACAGUAAUGCAAUGCUAGGGGGAUAAUGAUGUGGGUGUUCGUUGAUUGUCCUUUUAUAUAGAAAAUCAGAUAAAUGGUCAAGCAACAGCUGCAGUUAUCUUUCUUUUAGGGGAUCAAUAAUGAAUACCAUAAGUUUUGCGGUACAUUGUACACUAUUUACAGUGUACAGAGUUAAGAGUGAAUAAGCAAGCAACCACCACAACUCACCCUCUCAUUGCAUUGCCCCAUUGCCCUCUGGUUCUCACUGGACCAGAGAUGCACUACAGAUGUAAACACAUUCCUCACACAGCCUAAUAAGCUACAAACAUCUGGACCUUACAUGGGCAUGGCUACAAAAGUUCCUUUGUAAUUGUGGACAGAAGUGAUAUAUGAGAGCCAAGAAAUUGAAGACUGAGUUGGGACCCCUCAGCACUACCAACCAUGCCAACUGCUGGAGCUAUGACCCUGAUGUUCAUCGGGGUCAUCCUCUUUGCUAUAAUUUUGUUUGUGACCUGUUUUAAGAGGCAGGUGGGCCGCAUGAAGAAACGCUCCAGAAGAGACCCUCAUGUGCCAGGCUCUGAGGCCAAAAAGGCGCUUCGACGUGAAAUUGAGCGGCGCCUGGACAGAGUGGCAGACAUUUACUUUGAGCCCAGACUGCUAACCCUGGAUGUGGACAACAAAGGAAACUCAGAUCUGCCCCCAUAUUACUUUAGGAUGAAAGCUGUUGACAAUAUGAAAUAUCUUGAGCAGGAGCUGUCCUCCCUGGAAGGUGUGAAUGCACGGGGAGCGAGGGAGAGUGUUCGCGCUUUCCUCAUGAACUUGACCAGCAUUGGGGGGGUGCUGGCCUCUGUAGAGCCUCGCAUCAUUCAUGAGCUCUGUGAUCACUAUGACCACGCAAGAUUCCACCCCAUGCAGUUUACAGCCACUCAGUUUACUCCAUACCACAGCCUUUUGUUGCGAAUAUUGCACUGUGGCAGGAAUGGAGAAAAGCUGGGUGGACGAGGCACAGUAACAGCCAAGGCUCCUAGUGACCAUGAUUCUGCCAUUGAUGAACCAGAGCACGAUCAUAGUGGUGAUGACGACAACCUCAUCAUUACAGAGUCAAAUGUUGUUUUGCUACACCGGCCAGCUUCACUCAGAGUAUCUCCUGAUGACAAUUUUGAAACACCUGUGUGAGGUUUACUGUCUUAACAACAGGGAAACUUGAGGCUAGGAAAGCACUUUAAAACCUUUUGAUCAUAAUGUCAUAUGAUACUAUCAUUGUCAUCUUGAGAUCAGCCAAAACUAGCUAGUCAGAAUAAAUGGGUGGGAGUUUAGGUGUUACAAAUUGUACUGAUUUUAUUUUCCAUAAAUAUGAAAUAAUUUAAGAUGUUUUUCUAUUGUUACUUAAAACUAUGAAUUUGGAUUAUAGAUCAUAGAGCCACAUAACAAGAAGCAAGAGAUCACAGAAUAACAUAAGAACGUAAGGAGUCUGCAAGAGACCGGUUGGCCUAUACAAGGCAGCUCCUGUAAUCCUAACCCCACCUUACCUCACUAUCCAUGACUUUAUCUAACCUCCUCUUGAAUGUAGCUAUGGUAUUCGCACCCACAACAUGGCUGUCAAGCCUGUUCCAUUCAUCUACCACUCUAUUGGUGAACCAAUUCUUGCCUAUGUCUUUGCUGAAUCUGAAUUUGUCUAAUUUAAAACCAUUGCUGUGUGUCCUAUCUGGCUCUUUUACUACCAAAAUCUUAUGGACAUCCCCUUUAUUAAAGCCCUUCAUCCAUUUAUAGACUUCUAUCAAGUCUCUUCGCAACCUUCGCCUUUCUAGCAAGUGUAGAUUUAAAUGCUUCAGUCUAUCUUCAAAAUGCAAGUUUCUCACCCCCUGUAUCAUCUUUGUCAUCCUCCUCUGUACAGAUUCUAACAUCUUGAUAUCCAUUCUAUAGUAGGGGGACCAGAACUGAACUGCAUAAUCGAGAUGAGGUCUAACUAGUGCUAAGUACAGUUUUAGGAUGACCAGCACUCCUAUUGCUUACGCUCCUAGAGAUGAAACCCAGUACUCUGUUCACCCGAUUUUUAGCCUGAAUGCAUUGGGUCCUAGGACGGAGGUCAUCGCUCACUAGGACUCCUAAGUCUUUCACCCAGACCUGCUUAGAGGAGUGUCAUUUAAGGAGUAAUUGUGUGAGGGGUUACUCCUACCUACACUCAGAAUGCUACACUUCUCGACAUUGAAUUCCAUCUGCCACUUCCCUGCCCAAUCAUAUAGUCUGUCAAGCUCAUCCUGGAGAACGCUAACGUCCCUGUCUGAUUGGAUUACUCUACCGAUCUUGGUAUCAUCUGCAAACUUACUGACAUCACUACUAAUUCCAGUGUCCAAGUCGUUGAUGUAAAUAAUAAAAAGCAGCGGACCCAGCACUGACCCCUGUGGGACUCCACUCGUGACACUGCCCCAUUCAGAUUUUUUUACCAUUGAUUUGCACUCUGCUUCCUACCACUAAGCCACGCCCUGAUCCAGUUCAAAACUUUCCCAUCUAUGCAGUGAGCUAUUGCAGAAUGUUAGAUUUGCAUUCCACUAUAUGGAUUCAGAUAUGAUGACAAAGAUAAUAAAGGCAAUGAUUACACCAAAGUUAGAAUAUGCAGCAGUGGUAUGGUCUCCACACAAGAAAAAGGAUGUAAAGAAACUGGAAAGGAUUCAGAGAAUUGCAACAAAAAUGGUACCUGAACUCUCAGAUCUGCCAUAUGAAGAAAGAUUGGAAUGCAUGAACCUGCCAACUUUGGAACAGAGGAGAGAAAGGGGAGACUUGAUAAUGUUGUUUAAGUUGAUGAGUGGUACUGAUAAGACAGAUAGAGAGGACUUGAUGGAGAGAGAGCAAAGGAGAGGACUGAGAGGACAAAACAAGAAGCUGCGAAAGGGAACAUGCUUGAGACAAAAAGAAAUACAGCUUUCCUCAUAGAAGAGUGGAAUUAUGGAACAGUUUGGAGGAAGAAGUGGUGGAGGCAAAGAGUGUCCACCAAAUGAAAGAAAGAUUGAAUAAAAGUAGACAGAGACAGGACUAUCUGAGCAGGACUAUCCGAGCCUAGAUCAGGCCCUGUAUGCUUCAAAUAGGUAAAUACACACACAACCACAAUGUAGGAGGGGGCCGAGAGGACAUAGUAAGAAGCUGAAAAAGGGAACACGUCUUAAGAGUAAAAAGAAGUACAGUUUCCCAUACAGAAGUGUCGAUGAGUGGAAAAGUAUAAUGAAGGAUAUUGUGGGGGCAGGGAGUGUCCAUCAAAUGAAGGAAAGGUCAGACCCUGUAAAACAUAAAUAGGUAAACACAAAUAUAGAGAUGGGAUGGAGUUAAUGGCAAGAAAAUAUUGUGUUAUGGAACUGGUUAAGUAAGAUGAGUCCAGAUGAAACUCUUAAGAUGGAUAAUUAAAAAAAUAAAAAAAAGGUUCAUUUGGAGAGUUUGGAAUUCUACAUUUGGCAACAUUAUCAUCUUAACCCUUUCAACACGAGGACGCAUCUACUGCGUCUUUGCGUGCCCCGUACCAUAUCCGAGGACGCGUAUACUGCGUCCUGGCUCACUUUAGCCAGCAUAAGAGUUAUUUCUUCCCGGAUAUUGUACGAUUAUUUUUAGGAUGUAGAUCGGAUAUGACACGGUGUCUUAUUUGACUUUCAAUGUUAUUAUUGUGUUAUAACGUAUGUGUGUCUUGCGCACAUUUGUACUUGACAGUAACAAUCAAUUCUAACAGAAAAUAAUAAGAAAGAAAUGA